GUACUCUCUCCUCCUCUCUCUCUCCUCUUUUGACGCUUCUCUCGCCAUCUCAUCUCUCUCUCUCUCUCUCUCCCCGACGCGUCCUUAGGGUUUCUCUCCAAUCCUUCAUUUUUGAUUUCUAGCGCUCUGGUUUCCGCGUUCCAAGUCUCAUUCUUUGUUCAUUCUUUUGGGGCCCCAAUUUGUGAGUUUACUCUCUCUCUCUCGCUCUGAAUCAAAUUUUGUCGAAUUUCUCAUUCAUUUGCCCUGAUUAGGGUGUGGAAUCAUUCCAAUUCAGGAGAAUACCAGCUAAAAUUUGUGGUUUUUUUUUUUUUGGAAUUUUGUUUUUCAGGUGUAACAUAGUUUUUUGUUCGCUUCUGGGUUUGUAAUCAAAGUUCCACAUUCCUGAUUUCCAUUUCGGGAUUCUGUAAGGGUCACUUUUCUGCGAUUCGGUGUAUGGUUUUUUUGGAUUUUGCAUCUAUACCCAUCUUCGUUUAAUUCAGGUAAUUAGCCAUUUUCCUGGAGGGGGGGAAAAAAAAAAAGAUAAACUUUCCUUCUUCUAUUUUUGUGCGGAAUUAGAUCUGCGUAAAUUCUGCUAGAUCAAGCCUCAAAUUUCAGUUCUUAGAGCUGUUAGAUAGAUUUGGCGAUCAUUUAUAUUCACCAAUGAUUGUGUUUAUGUCAGUAUUGAAAUGAAUACCUUAAGUUACAGUUGGUGAUUUACAUGGUAAAAAACUACAUAUUCUAAGUUCAAACUUUAUUAAAUAUUCCUCCAUCAAUACAAUACAAUCAUGUGAAACGGACCACGCAAGUAGUGAUAUCCAUAAGAUAAAUACCUAUGUUACACCCCUACUACUGCCAAAUCUUUCAUAUAAUGACUCAAGUCACUAGCUUUUAAUUCCUUCAGCACCUGGUGCUUUUGCUGAUAUUAUAAGCAUAUGUAUAUGUAUGUGUAUAUGAUUGUGAUUCAUUUUGGUUUCUGGUUUAAUUUUGGAAUAUUGUCUUAUGUGGAAAAAUGAGUUGUAAGGGUUAUUGUGCUCUAGUACUCGUGUAAUAAUGAAUCAAGUAUGUUUUUUCAGCUUUAGUUUCCACUUUUAGGUAUCUUUUUCUUGGUUUAUACUCUUCUGAACAGACUGAAGGAAAAAUAAAUGUGUAGUGCCCAAGCUGAUUUAAUAAUAUUAGGGCCAAGUCAUCAUUAAAAUAUUAUCUUUCCCUUUGGAGCUUUAUUUAAUGAACUACUGUAGCUGAUUUGGGAUCUUUGAAAUUUAAUAUCUGAGGAUAAUAUUCUUUUGUUAUUUUAUGUUUCCCUUUAUGGCAUGCAUUAAUAACCCUAUUCAUGGAAACUUGAGCAGGUUCAAAUCUCAUGAUUUAUCCAGAAAAAAAUAUUUUCCAUUAAUAACUAAAAAAAUUAAUUCAAGUAGUUAAUUAAAGUGGUCAGAGCCUUGUUAAUUGACUAUUUUAGUGCUAUCAUUGUUAUGGUCUUUGUUUAUUGCUUUGCCUUAUCUAUCUGCAGUUAUUUAUAGCUUUGCUGGCCCUUGGAUUACCUCCAACCCAAACCCCCCACCAUACACGCCCAAAAAAACACGCCCUAUCAAAACAGGAAAGAAAACGCCGCGCAGUUGAUAGUUUAGAGGCCUCUAAGAAAAUCUCUUUAUGUUUCCCACCCAAACCAAAACAAAAAAGCUAAGCUUUAUAUGGGUUUGCAGUGUUUGAUAUUUCUGCAUGUUGGCUUUUAUUUUCUUCAGGAGAUCACCCUUCACUUUCAAUUUUACAGAAACUGUGUUGCCUCAAAUUUGGGAGCUCAGUGAUAGAGAUGAGCCGCACAACCAGCGAGGGUGAUGAUGGAUUACUCUCCAGAGAUCAGAUUGAUUCACCUCUGACUGAUGAUGGCAAUGGCAGAGGAAGUGCAGAUGGAGAAGUUGUUAUGAAGAAAGGGCCAUGGACAUCUGCAGAAGAUGCAAUCUUGGUAGAGUAUGUCAAGAAGCAUGGAGAAGGUAACUGGAAUGCAGUUCAGAAACACUCUGGGCUGUCUCGGUGUGGUAAAAGCUGUCGCCUGCGAUGGGCAAAUCAUCUGAGACCAAACCUGAAGAAAGGGGCAUUCACUCCAGAAGAGGAAAGGCUGAUCGUUGAACUCCAUGCCAAGAUGGGAAACAAAUGGGCCAGGAUGGCUGCACAUUUGCCUGGACGGACAGAUAAUGAGAUAAAGAAUUAUUGGAACACCAGAAUUAAAAGACGUCAACGUGCAGGCUUACCUCUUUAUCCUCCAGAAGUGUGCUUGCACGCGUUGCAAGAGAAUCACGAAAACCAUUUUGCUGGAAUUCAUAAUGGUGAUAACAGACGUGAUGAUCUUUUGCAAACUGGCGGUUAUGACAUACCUGAUGUCAUAUUUGACAGUUUAAAGGCCAAUCAGGGAAUCUUACCUUAUAUCCCAGAACUUCCUGAUUUUUCUACGAGCAGCUUGCUGAUUAAAGGCCUUGGUUCUUCUCAGUUUCAUAGUUUUGUGCCCCCAACCGUCCAGCGUCAGAAGCGUCUUCGGGAAGCAGUGACCCCAUUAUCCGGGUACAUCAGGGGCUUUGGAAAUGUGGCCCCAUCAUUUGACCCUACUCAGGGUGAUGGUCAUGAGAACAAAAUUUCCCGAACAUUUGAUUUGCCUUCUUCAUAUGAUGCUGACCCUAAUACCAAGAACAUGAUGCCAUUUGGUAUAGAUCAGGGUAGCCAUCCCCUUUUAAAUGGCAAUUUCUCUGCUUCUACGCCCGCCUCGGGGGCUGUGAAGUUGGAGCUCCCUUCAUUCCAACAUUCAGAAACUGAUAUAGUUAGCUGGGGAUCACACUUUCCGCCUCCUUUGUUCGACACAGUGGAUGCUUUUAUUCAGUCUCCCCCACCUUCUGGUUCUCUCCAGUCCGAUGCUGUUUCACCACGGAAUAGUGGCCUAUUGGAUGCUUUGCUACAUGAGGCAAAGACUCGAAGCAGUGCAAAGAAUCAAUCACCUGACAAGAGUUCAAAUUCUUCUACUGUCACUCCUGGUGAUAUGGCAGACAGUUCUGACCUGAAUAUUUGUUCCCCGGAAUGGGAAGAUUUUAGGGAACCUAUAUCACCUUUGGGUAAUUCGCAAGCUUCAAUUUUCAAUGAGUGCACUCCUAUCAGUACCACUGGAAGUUCGUUGGAGGAUAAUCCACCUGCAGACACCUUUCCUGGAUGCAACGUAAAGUCAGAACCAGCAGAUCAGAUUUGGACUCUGGAUGAGGAUACAAAACAAAAUUCAACUCAGUUAGAUUUCUCCAGGCCUGAUGCUUUACUUGGUUCAUGUUGGCUUGAGCAGGGUGUCGCAUGUGCCAAGGACCAAGGUGUCACAACUGAUGCUAUUACGACCCUUCUUGGUGACGAUUUGGGUAGCGAUUUUAAGAACAUGACUCCUGGAACUUCUUCCUCUAGUCAGGGAUGGGGGUUUGGUUCCUGCUCUUGGAAUAACAUGCCUGCAGUCUGCCAAAUGACUGAACUUCCUUAAAUUCUGCUGUCAUCAGGUUGUCAACUUCCUCGUAGCAGUCUCUGUUUUUCUUGAAGAUUUGUUUGAUGUUAGACGAUCAGAGAUCUCCUGGACUUGGGCCAUCUAUGGAGACUCAUCACCAUGUGUACAAGUCGGACCUUUUCUUUUAGGACUUGAUUUUCUUGCUUCCCAGACCAGUGCCAUGCAUCUAUGCCAAGGUAACUUCAUUGGUAUACAAGGCGUGCAGGCUUCGACAUAAUUGUAGAACAACUAUAUACUUUUGUUUUGGGCAUUGUGAUUCAAUGUUUUUUUGUUCUUGAACGAUGUUAUUGGAUUGCUAGGCUGUCUUGCAUUUUGGUACUUCAUUUUCUCUUUCAUGGACACAGGCUGCUAGGAAGAAAAUGUCUGAACUUGGCUUGAGGAAAUUUUAUUUGAUUGUUUUCACCUUGUGUUGAAUCUAGUGGUGGUUUG